UCCUAGACUCACCGCGGCCACUACAUAAGCUUCCAUUCUCUCCACACAGCAGUCAAAGAAGACGUAUUCCCCAUUUCGAUUCUUCCCUCAUUCCCUCUCGCAUCUUAGUUCACGACAUGAAGUCCCUGCUGCCUUCAUUGGUGUUCCUGGUUAUGUGCACACGGCUACAGGUGGCGGCGCUGCUGAGAGACGAGCAGAGAAACGAAGCGAAAGACGAGGAAGGAAUCGAACCGAAAGACAAGAGAACCGAAGCUGUCCAAACGUUUCGCCGUGACUGCAGGAACUACUACUUCAAUAACAUGGAAUGUGACACUUUUCAAUUCAGCUGUAUGAACCACACUGAUUGUCCCCGUGACCUGUUGUGCUGCCUGACAGACUGGUGCAUCAGGGAGUGCGUCUCAGUGCUGUCAGUCAUGCCCUUCACAGACCAAUACGUGCAUGACCAACAGGUAAGCAGACCCAAAUUCGAUUACCCCUGGCUAGUGUUUGGAUUGAUGCGGCGCUUGCCAAUGAUUCCUGAAGACGAAUUCUUUGAACAUCACUGACGACGGAAGACGAUCCUGCCCAGCUGAUCAAGUCGUUCAUAAGCCUGCUCUCUCUCUCUCUCUCUCUCUCUCUCUCUCUCUCUCUCUCUCUCUCUCUCUCUCUCAUAGGCUUUGUUUUCUCAUCACGGCUUUUUUCAAAAGCCAUAGAGAUGAUUAGCCGGGUUUUCAUCGGUGUUUUUCGUAUCGAUGAUGUAGAAUCCUUAAUAAUCUAUCACUGGAAACUCCGUGUAACUUCCCUAAGAACCUGUUAAAAGUUGAUAAAGUGUUUUAAGAAUAAGGUCCUAUAAUUAUAGUCACUCCAUCGUUUGGCGCACAGUACACACCCCAUACUAAUGAACACCUCGAGCUGCUGCGAAAUGUGCUAUGAAAACUAUUACACGAGAUCUACCACCAUAUCUCUGGAAGGCAUCUUUCUUUUUCUGGAUAAUAUUGAAAUAACAUUGUGUAGAUCACGAUUUGAGAGAGAGAGAGAGAGAGAGAGAGAGAGAGAGAGAGAGAGAGAGAGAGAGAGAGAGAGAGAGAGAGAGAGAGAGAGAGGGUCAUAUUAUGUCUAUGGAAAUAAAUAAUCACUGUCUCGACAUUAAUUGACUACUGCUACUUCCAUGAUCUCCCUUUCUCCAUUUACUAUUCAAAGUUCAUGAGCUUACACCUCCAGCACUAGCAUAAAGAGGUUUAGACUCGAAGCAGUAAUGUGGGGCACCUUAUAAUGUACCGCUGAUCUCGAAAAAAGUAUACUGUCUGUCUCUCUCAGCAAGCCAGUCUGAUGAUGCAAGAACUUAUUAUGCCACAAAUGACAAACACUUGCAGUAAAGCUGAGUACUGGAUAUCGUUACUCUCCUUUGUCUUAUUUCCUUUUAUCAGUUGAGACUUUAGAAGCAUCCAGGUCUAGAGCAGUGGUUUCCAAACUGAGGGUAAUAUAACAAUUUUUUCUAGGAUAAUGAAGGGCAGAAAAAAUCCGGAAAUUAAAAAAAAAAUAUAUAUAAUAAUAAUAAUAAUGCAGUAUCUAGUAUUAGAAUUAAUGUUAACCUAGUAUGUAAAGUUGUAAAGUAAUUUCGUAAUAAAGUUAAACCAAACAUUAAUACACAUUAAAAACUAUCAUACAGUUUUAGAAAAGAAGAAAUAUGUAUUUAAGUGUGUUGCAAGCCAAAAGUAUUUUGACAGAAAUGCUAUCAGUCACUCAGAAGUCAUGAUAACGACGUGUCCAAUAUAUGUCACUGCCUGGGCUGGGCUCUAUUUUUCAGAUUCGUACUGUCAGUUUCUCUGUGAGCGUCAGCCGAGGUAGACGCAAGCAUGUGCACUGCCUUGUACAUUAUAGUUAGUAUUUACUCGCUGUCGCAAACUUCCUAAGUAUAAGUUCUUCUAAUGCUAUCAA